GGCUGGCCCCCCGGCUGAGAAAUCCUGUGGCGGCUCUCCUCCUUCCCCGGCGCUUCCGCUAUUUCUGGGCAGGGUGAAGCAACGACGCUUCAGUCUCUCCGCGCCCGCGGUUGUGACGGUUUCGGGCUUCGGCUCCCAUUCUCUCAGUCCUGUCCUGGCGCGGCGCGACCCCACCGGACCAGCAGCCGCGGGGUCCGCACUACCAUGGCCGGCCGCCAGCUGCUCCUCCUGCUCUGCGCGGCGCUGGCGGGCGAGCUCCGUGCUGAAGGAGGGGUAUUCAUCAAGAAAGAAAAUGCUAACAAUUUCUUGGAAAGAGCAAAGCGUGCUAACUCUUUUUUGGAGGAAUUUAAGAAAGGGAAUAUUGAAAGAGAAUGCAUUGAGGAGCGCUGCUCAAAAGAAGAAGCAAGAGAAGCCUUUGAAGACCAGGAAAAAACUGAGGAAUUCUGGAACAUCUAUGUAGAUGGAGACCAGUGCAGCUCAAAUCCGUGUCACUAUGGUGGACAUUGUAAAGAUGGAAUUGCUUCCUACACUUGCUCAUGCCUGGAUGGUUAUCAAGGCAAGAACUGUGAAUUUGUCAUACCAAAGUACUGCAAAAUAAACAAUGGUGACUGUGAGCAGUUCUGCAGCCUCAAAAAAACUGUACAGAAGGCUGUUGUGUGUUCCUGUGCGAAAGGAUAUACCCUAGCAGAGGAUGGCAAACACUGUGUUUCAGCAGUAAAGUAUCCAUGUGGAAGAGUUUUUGUAAAAAGGAAAAAAAGGUCAGUUGUUUUACCUGCUGAAAAUAGGAACAUAACUAGUGAUCAAGACGGCCCUUCCACAAAUGAGACAGUUUUGGAGGAGGACAUUGUUACUACCACAGAAAGCCCAACCGUCAGUCCUGGAAAUGAAACAAGUAACAAGAAUCCGCAUGUCAUUACCAGGAUAGUAGGUGGUGAUGAGUGUCUUCUUGGAGAGUGUCCAUGGCAGGCUGUUUUGUUAAAUGAGGAAGGGGAAGAGUUUUGUGGUGGAACUAUUUUAACUGAAAAUUUUAUACUUACUGCAGCUCAUUGUAUGAAUCAAUCUAAAGAAAUUAAAGUUGUUGUUGGUGAAGUGGACAGAGAAAAGAAAGAGCAGUCUGAAACGAUGCAUACUGUGGACAAAAUACUUGUUCAUUCCAAAUACAUCGCCGAGACUUACGAUAACGACAUAGCCUUAAUAAAGCUGAAGGAACCCAUAACAUUUUCUGAGUACAUUGUCGCAGCAUGCCUCCCUGAAGCAGACUUUGCUAAUGAAGUUCUGAUGAACCAAAAAUCUGGGAUGGUUAGUGGCUUUGGACGUGAAUUUGAAGGUGGACGACUGUCCAAGAAGCUGAAAGUGCUUGAAGUCCCCUAUGUUGAUAGGAACACUUGCAAGCAAUCCACUAACUUUGCAAUAACAGAAAACAUGUUCUGUGCUGGCUAUGAGACGGAGCAAAAAGAUGCUUGUCAAGGAGACAGUGGAGGCCCCCAUGUGACCAGAUAUAAGGAUACUUAUUUUGUUACUGGAAUUGUUAGCUGGGGAGAAGGAUGUGCAAAGAAAGGCAAAUACGGUGUCUAUACCAAACUGUCCAGGUUCUUACGCUGGGUAAAAAUGGCCAUGAGAAAGAAUUUGUAGUGGUAUGGCUCUUAAUCCUUCUGUGAGCUAACAAAGUGCAGUUUCUGUAAUGGAAACAUGACUCUCUCUUUUUUAAAACAACACCACACUUUUUUUAAAGCCACAUCUGCUAAUCUUUUUUAGAGAGCUGAUUCCUUAAAGUUAUGGUGUUGCUUCUUUUCAUUUUAUUCCUGGGUUUAAGUGUGUAUAUGCAGACUGACAGUGUCAUUUGGCAUUUGCACAAUGAGGGGCUCAGCAGGGUACUUGGUUUUCUUGUUUGGUUGUUUUUCUGUUUCCAUUUUGGUUCCUGUGUGUUUGCCCAAGGGCUUCCACCAGAGGCUCUGGAACAUAAUAUGAGCCUCCACUAAUUAUGAUAGAAGUGGGAAGGACAAGACUUCAGUUAAUCCUCAUAUUACAGCCAUCUGACUCAGUAGAGAGCUUGUUGUUGCUAGAGCUGUUGAGCUUCUACCUGAAGAUGUUAUUAGAAGAUUAAGGGAGCAGGGAAGCUUGCUUGGUAAAAGCUGAGACAGAAGCAUUCAACGUGUGAUGCUAACUAACUGCACGUUCCACAAAAUUGCCUACUUAGGUCACAGCAGCUAACUGAAAUGGGGUUUUGCUGUAUAUGGAUUGUGCUCCUCUUCAGUUUAAUUUGAACACUUCUGUUCAUCAAACAAAUAUACAUGUUCACUGUUUCCUGUAUCAUGUUCUGAAUUGUGUAUGGCUGAGAACCAGAAAGCUCCUUGCAUGUGUACUUGUUCUAGGUGUUUCUGUAAGAUGCUAUAUUGAGGU